AUGGAAGCUUAAGAUUAUUUUCAUUAAUUAUCCGAUUUGUUUAGAAAUUCAAAUUAUACUUAUAAUGUUAAAGAUAUAGAAAUAGAAAUUAAAGAUACUUAAGAAUAUAGAAUGUUAUGGUAAUAAGUAUCAGUUUCGAAAAAUUUUCCAUCAUUAAAAAAUCUAACUGUUAAAUCUUUAGGUUUUUAAUAG